UCCAACCCGGCACCCUCCAAGCCUUGCCAUGCCGGAGUGCGCGGCUUCACAUUUGAAGUUUCUGGAUCUCUUCUUGUCGUCUGGAUUCAAGAGCCUUAAAAAGAUAGAUGACCUCAAAGACGACCUGGAGAAAGUGGGUAGAGAUGCCUUACUUCCAGGCCUGGGCGCCGACAAGGCCAAAAAACUAUUAGCCGCCUGUGUGGCGGAGACGUCAUUGUUGAGUGCUAUCUAUUGGAUUUGCUGCUCCUAUGCCUUGUUGGGGCACGAAGUGGACUCAGAGCGCCGUCAGCGCAUUCUAACCUUCAUCGCCUCCUGCCGUGGCGCCAGUGGCGCCUUCGCGCCACACCCAGCCCAGCGGGAAGAGCUGCUGUCCACGGUGUCUGCGGUGCAGCUGGCAGUGCUGCUGGGGGAGCCGGAGCUGCUCGAGGUAUCAAAGGUGGCGGCAUAUAUUCGUUCGCUGCAGCUGCCAGACGGGUCCUUCACCCCAUUUCGCGGGGCGGGAGAGUCUCAGGGCGAUUGCCGCUUCACCUUUGCCGCGCUGUGUGCGAUGACGUUGCUGAAGCAACUGGGAGGCAGCGAUGCGGAGCACCCCGACGACUCGGAGCUGUGCGAUGCCCAUGCAGCCACGGCCGACUGGUUGUUGCAAUGUCAAAACCUCGAUGGCGGAUUCGGCUGUCGGCCUAGAGAGUGUGAAUCGCAUGCAGGGCACACCUUUUGCUGCCUCGCUGCCCUGAGCCUUUUGGGUCGCCUGGACGGCUUGAGUCACCGCGGCCGCGGGCGGCUGCUGCGAUGGCUGGCCGCGCGGCAGACGCCCCAGGGCGGGAUGAAUGGAAGGCCCGGGAAGAAGCCCGAUGUUUGCUACACCUGGUGGACCCUAGCAGCUGCUCAGCUGGCUGAAUCACUGGUGGACAGCCGCCUCAGCGACAUCUUCGACCUGAACGCCCUGCAGAAAUUCGUCCACCUCUGCAUGGCUGACCAAGGUGGCAUCGGGCCACAUCCUGAAGAUGAUCCGGACCCGUUCCACACCUUCUUCGGCCUGGCGGGGCUUUCCCUUUGCGCCGGUGACCACGGCGUUUUAGCGUUGGAGAGGAUGGAGCCUACGCUGGUCCUGCCGGUGGGUUUGCUGAAGGGCUCAGCCAAAGUGUCCUGAGCGGAAAAAAAAA